AUGCAUCUUUAUGGAAAAGUGAUUGUCAUCAAGCGCAAUGGAACUGAUGGGGCACAUUUUCCGCUGACAGCCAGAUGUUGUGUAUUUGGAAGAGGUUUUGACUCAGAUAUAAGGAUACAGUUGCCAACUGUGGAUACUUCACAGUGUCAGAUUUUAGUAGAUGAAAAAGAGCAUGUGUUUAUUCAGAGCAUGAGUACAGCAAGCUCAACACUCAUCAAUGACAAGACAUUAUCAGAGGCUUUGACAGCUUUAUCUCAUGGGGACAUUAUAACCAUAGUAGAUCGAAAGUUCCGGUUUGAGUUCCCAACUGAUUCAAAGUUUUACCCUCACAAAUCGCCAAAGUACAAGAGUCCACGAACUCCGAAACGGGCAUCCAUGACGAGGCUGUCAGCAAGUGGUGAGAAAAACUCAAGUUUUUCAAAGCGUUCAACCCCAGUGACCCCUCUUAGUCCAAGGACAGACAAUGUACCCGAAAGCAUAAAAUCACCUCGUUCUGCCAGUAAAGUUUCUGGCCAGCCAGUAGCUGUGGUAAAUGAUGAUCAGUUCAGUUCGCCCAAAACUGGACGCCAGUUGCAUGGUUCAGCUAAAAAGGCAAGCUCACCUGAUUCUUUUAGCAUGUCUCCACCUGCCUUCUACCAAGCACCGCUUACACCAGGCAGUUCUCAAGAUUUCAGUGUAUUGUCAAGCAUUCCAUCAGGGGGACCAGUAAACCAAGCAUUUCAGAAAUCACCUGCUGCUACUAGACAGAAAAAUCCAGGCAGUCCCUACUCUAAGACCCCAGGAAGCCUUCGGAAGACUAUAAGUGAUCUAAGACGACGUUCAGUGCCCGUGUUUGAGACAGAGGAAGGCCCUGUCCAGGUGCAAACAAAAGUCAGGACACAAGGUUUUGCGACUCCAUCUGUGCAAGUUGGUAAUAAAAGGAAAUCUACUGCCUUUGAUUUUCUCAGUGCAAAGAGAAAAAGGGUCUCUUUUGGUCCAAAUCUGAGCCCUGAACAUUUUGACAAAACAUUACCUCCUAAAACUCCAAUCAAAAAGGGAGCAACUCCAAGCAGGAUUAUUAAACAAGAAAGAAAAUCUUUGUUAAAGGCUAAAUCCCCAGGAAGAAAGAGUUUGUCUCCCCGCACUAAGUCACCUAUCAAAGUAGUUUCCACACCAUCCUCCUCACAAGUGUUUGAAGUCAGUAUAAACACUGAAGCUUUUUCUCCAGCGAUUGCAAGUCCCGAUCGUUCAAAACUACAGUCCCCUAAAUCUGGACUUAAUGAAUCAGAUUCUCGAAGAUCUCCCAGGGGUGGGUCUGAGAAUGAAACCUCAGCUGUCGGCUCACCAGGAAGAAAACUGUCACCUGCUAACAAAAGAAAUACUCAGACUUUGGUUAAACUGGAAGACGAUGGUACCUCUAUCAUAGAGUACCUGACUCAGGAAAAGCUACUGAGCCAUGCCGUAACAAAUUCAGCACCAGAUCUGGGAGUUCUGUCUCCGAAUACAAAGUUAGAGAAAGGUAGUUCUCCUUUAUUGUCUGGAAACUCUAGCUUUGCAAGUUCUCCUAAAUCACCCCAAAGAAGUUCACCCACUUCGUCUACAGAAAAGAAGCGCUCUGUGGGUCGGCCUCCAUCUAGGGCAAGUCUCUCUCAGAUUUCUGUUACACCUAGAAGAAGUUUGUCAGCUUCAUCUGCAGGAAAACGCUCUGUAGGGCGACCUUCAUCUAGAUCAAAAUCUGAUUCUUCGUUCAGAAAGUCUGUCUCACCUAGAGGAAGCUUCUUGGUUUCAUCUGCAGAAAAGGGCUCUGUGGGCCGACCUCCCUCUAGGUCAAGUUUGUCUUUUCAGAGCUCUGCGACACCUGGAAGAAGUUUCUCGGUUUCAUCUGCAGAAAAACGUUCUGUAGGCCGGCCUACAUCUAGGUCAAAAUCCGAUUCUUCAUUCCGAAAGUUUGUCACACCUGUAAAGUCUUCUUCACCUCUGGGAACAUCUUUGUCAGUUAGAGCAAGUUUGUCUCCAAAGAACACACCAUUGAAAAUGUCUGAUGUUAGUGUUUUGCCAGAUGAUUCUUUCUUCCAAACGUCUAUCUCACCCAGAAGUAGUAUGUCUGUUUCUUCUGCAGAAAAGCGCCCUGUGGGCCGGCCUCCUUCUCAAUCAAAAUCUGAUUCUUCAUUUAGGAAGUCUAUCACGCCUGCAAAGUCAAAUUCUCCUCUUGAGACAUCUUUAUCAGUUAAAGCAAGUUUGUCUCCAAAGAACACACCAUUUAAAAUGUCAGGUGGUAGUGUUUUGCCAAACAAUUCUUUGUUCCAAACAUCUAUCUCACCCAGAGGUAGUGCAUCUGUUUCUUCUGCAAAAAAGCGCCCUGUGGGCCGGCCUCCAUCCCAGUCAAAAUCUGAUUCUUCAUUUAGGAAGUCUAUUACGCCUGCAAAGUCAUAUCUCUCUUCAAACAUCUCUAUCAAAUAUUUCCAUCAAUUUUUCACUCAGAAAAUUCAUAAGACUCCCAAAACACCAAGAGCUUUGGCUAGGGCUUUGGCACCAACUACAGGUCAUGCAGACUCACCAGCAACAAUCAUCGUGGGCAGAAAAUUUAAAGCGAUAAGGACACCAAAACUGCUGCCACGCAAAGGGAGAAAAGUAUCUUUGAGCAAGGCUUCCAGAAAAUCUUUAGGCAAUACAAGCUUCACAGGACUCUCUGAAAUGUUUACAGAACCAGUUGUGAAUGAAAGUACUUUGUACGCGGACAUUCCAGAUACUCCCAACGGACCAAAUGAAAUGUUUGUGUCUCCACUUUCAAAUCGUAAAUCUGGCCACAGCGGCAGGAAAAGUACAAACCUCACUGGUGUCAGGGAACUAUUCUUGAAGAAACACAGCCAAGAAGUUAAUUACAUUGGGGUGAAAGAACUUUUCACUUCAUCAGGUGCUUCUAGUCCAGUUAGUCCAUCAGGGGUUGGAAGGCUAAUAAAGACAUCCAAAAAAAUAGCAGUUAGUGUCAGUCCCAGAGGAGUAAAGCGGCUGUUGAAAACACCAAAGAUAAAAGGGAUUCCUGUGAGCCCUGUUGGUGUGGACAACUUGUUCAAAACUCCUACAACGAGGCCAGGUAAGAAUGCUGCAAAAGAAGAAACAGUUGACAUUGUGACUUCACCUCCAAGAAAACAAAGCAGAGCCAAAAAGAAUGAUUCUGUGGUCCCAUCUUCACCUGCAAAGGGCAGAAGAGGUCAGUUAAAGAAUGCUGCGGCAGCAGAAACGGUUGAAAUUGUAGUCCCACCCUCUACAGGCAAACGAGGCAGACCUAAGAAGAAUGCUGCACUUAAAGUAGCAGCUUCAGUACCAGACGUCAUAACACCAACCCCAAAACCAUCGCCAUUAAAAGGCAGACAGGGCAGGCAAAAGAAAGCAUCAACCGUUGAAAUCAUAGCAUCACCUCCCACAAAGAAACGAGGCGGGGCUAAAGGAGCUCACGGCUGGAUGAUUGUUUGUCGGCAUGAAGGUUUUGAGUUCGAAUCGGCUAGAUGCUUAUUUUGGAGAGAAAAAAAAAAUUGGCCUUGGUUUCCAUGUCGAUCCUAUUCCCACAGCCCAUUUCAUUAA